AUGAAACUCACAUCUCUCAUCCCAACAUUGACUGCAUUGGUCUCUCUCUGCAGUGCCGCCGCAACCACCAAAGCCGUCUCAGCCUCUGUCUCUUUUGACAACAACAGAAGAUUCCUAUUCGAUACAGAUGGCAGACAAAUCGAUGCCUAUGGCUCCAAAGUCAACAAUUUCAACGGCAAAUACUAUCUUUACGGCAACUCGUUCUCGGAGACUGGAAUCGCAGGAGUUGCUGAUCAUGUCGUGUAUUGCAUAGGCNAGUAUGAAGGUUUCCUCUUCGACCCUGCAGGUAAAAAUAGCCCUUGUGCUGCUUCUGGCGGCUGUGGACGUCCUCACAUCGUGUACAAUGCCAACACCAAGGCCUAUGUUCUCUGGGCCAAUGCUGGAGAUCCCGGAUAUGUUGUUGCGACGUCGAGUUCGCCGACUGGACCUUUUGUCUUCUCUACGGCGAGAGCACUUAUCGAUCCUGCUUUCGAUGGCUUGCAACCGGCCGACUUUACCGUUGAAAUCAUUGAUGGGGUUGGCUAUAUCGUCUUUUCGGCGCUGAACUUCAAGAGCCCCAAUGCUGGAAAUGUGUGGCCUCCCAUCUUCCAGAAUUUGCAUGUCAGUAAAUUGACUGCCGACUUCAUGAACACGACUAGGGUUAGUUAUCCAGUGAGCUCGAGUGCAGGCGACUUGAUCGACGACGAGGCAGAGUCGCCGGAUAUCUUCAAGCAUGGAGACAGCUACUAUGUUGCCGCUUCCAAUACGUGUGGGUACUGCAAUGGAUCCAUUGCGUUGCUGUAUCGCUCAAACUCGAUCCAAGGACCAUGGACUCGUCAGAUCUUGGAGGGAUAUUCCUGCAAUGGUCAGGUUGAAGGUGUGCUUCCUUUGAUAAACCCUGCGAAUGGCGCAGUAACCAAUGUCUGGCACUCGACCAGUGUCCCCGGAGGCCCUCGCACAGGAUUCGGUGGCCACAUUUUCCAGCCUUUGACGUUCAAUGCCGAUGGCAGCGCAAAGAAUCUCGACUGCUCGUCUACUGCGAGUUUCCCCGUCACCUUUACCAAAGGCAAUGGCACGCUUGCAGCAGGCAAUGCCACAAAAGCCGCAGAUGCGACACCCGCACUUGCCGUGUACAGUCCAGUCUGUGACUCUGACUCUUUCAUCCUAUACCAAACCUGGACGGCAGCAAAGAGCGGCACACUCAAGAGUGUCUCCCUGAACGUGGCCCGUGGCUCCCAGACUGUACCUCUUUCCCUCACCGUCUUCAAGCUCUCCUCGCUCAACGACCUCUUCACACCAGAGUACAAGUGGACCGCUUUGGGAUCUGCGGCCUUCAAUGCCAAUCAGACGACCUACACUUUCGACACCGUCACCGUGCCCGUGACGACCAAUGCCACAGUCACCGAAGGCGAAUUGUUGGGUUUGUCCAUCUCAGGCGCUGACUAUUCGCCUUGGUGCCAUUUGGAGUAUCAGACGACAAGUGGAUGUGGAUUCAAGUUGUACCAGCAGGGCAACGGACAGUACUCGUGGCGUGGGCUGCAGGGCAAGAACGCGCCCGUGUAUGAGAGACAGGGCAAGAGCGUCAAGUUUUACGCGACGUAUGCUUGA